CUCCUCUGCACUCCCUUCAUCCUCAACCAACACCCCAAAAUGCCCUCCGACGACUACACCCCCGUCGUCCGCGGUGCUCUAAAAUUAAAAGGCUCGACCCCAUCCGGCAUCACUAAAAAGAAGAAAAAGAAAACCCCCAAACCCGCUCCCGAAAGCGAAGCCUCGACCAGCAAGCAAUCCGCCUUCCAGAAAGCGCUUGAGGAGGAAGAUGCCUCUACCAAAGAAGAUGAUCUGCGGGAAUUAGAAGAGCGCGGACAUGAUGGGAAGACGGCUAGUGAGCGAGCAAGAGAGGAGAUGCGGAGGAAGAGGUUACAUGAGAGGUUGCAGAAGGAGGGUGUUAAGACGCAUAAGGAGAGGGUGGAGGAGUUGAAUAAGUAUUUGAGCAAUUUGAGUGAGCAUCAUGAUAUGCCGAGAAUCGGUCCUGGAUAACGAGGUUGGGGAUGGGUAUGGAGGAAUAGGAGGGCAGAUACUGGGGCUUGGUGGCUCGUGGUUAUGCUGGAUGCUAGAACGUGCAAGUCGGAAUAUGUGGGAUAUGGUCAAGGAGAUUCUAUGGUUGUAUACAAAAUGCAGAAGGUCGAUUAAGGGAAUGAUGAGACGUUGAAUUCAAAUUUCUCGACGAAUCACUUGAUUACCAUCUUUCCAAGCACUUAUCUGCCUGUCACAACUGAAGCAUACGUUCGAAAUCGACUUAGACUUCACUUGAGCAGCAGAGAAAGCAUUAAAUGCAUAUAGCAUGAACGUUU